AUGGUGCUGUGGCCGCCCAACCUAAUUGGCUACGUGCGCGUGGCGACGCUGUGCGCGGCGAUGCAUGCGGCCGAUCCGGCAGGAUCCGACGCCGUCUGGUUUUGCUUCGUCAGCCUCUUCCUCGACUACCUCGACGGCCCGUGCGCGCGCUACCUCAACAUGUGUAGCCAGUUCGGCGACCUGCUCGACCACUACACGGAUCACGUUACGAUGCAGUGGCUCGUGUACGUCACCGCCAGCGCCGGCCCGUUCGGGCGCGCCAACCUCGCGGUGAGCACGCUACACAACGGAGUCGCGUUUGCGUACAUGGCGCUGCGUGGGCACUACUUCAAGCACUCGGAGAGGGGUAACAUCGUGACGCGGACGAUCGAGGCCAACAACUACUGGAACAUGGCCUCGAUGCUCUACGCCGCCAACUGCAUCCUCAUCCCGCUCGUGAAGCUCUCCUUCGCGGGCCACCACGGGAUGACGCCGCCCGACGCGUCCGCUCCGCUCAUCGACGUCGUCGACGCGGUCGGCGCUGCCGUCACGCUGUCCUACAGCUUCGCCGUCUGGCUCUAG